AUUUAACCCAAUGAUAACAUCCCUACCGAGAUGCUCUAAAAGGCAAUUUUGCCGAUAUUGGAGCCGUCGUGGUCUCGUCGGUGAAGAUAUUCUUCGGCUGAAGAGUAAAUUAAGCAAGGAAUCAGCAUUUUCUGUGAACUUCCAAUGGGAGACUCGAAUAACCCAACAUUCAUUCGUCAUUAUCACACACGACACGCAUUUCAUCUUAUUCAAUCAUACUUCUUAAUCUACGUUUUUGCUUUCCACCCGGAUUUCCGUAUUGUGAAGCAGAAAUAAGAGAACAUUGGUGUUGAUGGAAGUAGAGAAGAAGAUAUUGCUUGGCGAACUUGAAGCUAUGGGAUUUCCCGAGGCUCUGGCCGCAAAGGCUCUUUCUUCUUCUGGUAGUUCAAGCAUUGAGGACGCAAUAAACUGGCUUGUUGAUCAAGAUAAUGAUAAAACUUUUACUGAACCACCUGAGCAAUCUCAGGCUGCAGUCGACAUCACUGUCGAAACAUCAAAAUCCUUCCACAUUUCUGAACAAGUUAUGCUGAGCGCACGAGUUCUGAGGUCUGCUUUCUAUAGUGGUUCAUUUUUUCUGGUAUGUCCCCAUAUCCGGAAUCUGAGCAAAUUUAGGAAUCGAGCACUUAACAAGAAAGCAGAGCUAGAGAAGAAACAAGAAAGACAAACUGAGAAGGAUAGGAUUCGGGCAGGUAAAGAGUUGUUAGAGGCUAAACGAAUGGCAGAAGAAAGAGAAAGAAGAAGGUUUUUGGCCCAAAGGAAAGCAGGGAAAGAUGACGAGAAAAGAGCAAGGGAUAGAGUUCGCCAGAACGUGCAGCAAGACAAGUUAGAAAGACAAGGCGUCCUUGGGUCACCUACGGAAUUUCCCGCACCUGCGAAACCUGAUAUAGCAUUGGCAGAAAGAACGGAGAACUUGCAGCUACUUGACACUGACAUUUUACCUGUAAAAUCUUCUGCACUAAGAGAUGAUCUGAGUGAAUGUUUAAGAUCUCUUAAACGUCGAAACAAGCUUCAAGAGGGCUUAUUUCUGAAGUAUGAACGCCAAGAGAGCCUUUGCUGUACUUAUGAGCGUUUGCCCCGCAAAUGCAAAACCUCAAUAAAUGAGGAGAGUUCAGGGGCAAGUAGGGCAUUCCAAACUCUCUUGAUUUAUGUGAGAAAUGUUAUUAACAAUCCCAAUGAGGAGAAGUUUCGGAAAAUCCGGAUCAACAAUCCAAUUUUCCAGGAUAGAAUCGGCAAAUUUGGGGAAGGUAUCAAGUUUCUUGAGUUAUGUGGGUUUGAGGAAGUCGAGGGAGAUAACUUCUUGUUUCUUCCUCGACAAAAGUAUAUAAAUAAUACUCAGUAUGUGAAUUCUAUGUAUGAAGGAUUUUCGAUCAGGUUCUGUAGAUGCAUAGAACAGCUUGAAGCAUCUGUGGGCGUGGAUAUUGAUGUUGCUGUUUUUCCUGGCUUUCACCAUAUAGUUGGGAUGAGUUUGACUGGAGUCUGUAUUUGGGAAAGUUUGGGUUGA